AUGCCAUUUGGAAAAAACAACCCUCCUGAAUUGGUUUCACCCUUUUCUUGAUAGCAGCAAGUGAACGACCGUUUAUUUAAUUACCGGGUGACGUCGCUAUAGAAGAGAAUCAUUGCAUGUUUGUAGCUGCAUUUUUCCAAGCUAUAGGCAUCGUCAUUGGCGAUAAAAUAUAAAGGGAGCUGUUAUUUAUACAUCCAGUCCUUUGUUAAGUUCAAUUGAAUUAAAAUUAGAAUCUUGAUCAAUCAAGUUAAAAAAAAAUAAGGUGAUCACAGUAAAUUGAAUGCGAAUUUCAUUUUUCAACAAUCCAUUGGAAUGGGUUGGUACUUCUUUGAGUACAGAGCAUAAAAUAUAAAGACUACUGGACAAUGAGAUCUCCUUAGAGGUGGUGGAACAAAAUUGGAAUAACAGAGAAAGGUGGUAACAGUUUAGGGUGCCAAUGGUGCUCUAAUGUUUGGAGCAGGAGUUUGUUUUCUGAGUGGGCCAGGUGCCUGCGUUGGCAGAUAAUGACCAUCAAGGAGAACUGCAAAUCAGAGGAGCCAGUUGACAGACCAUCGAGAAAUGAGGAGAAAUCGGAACACACAGAGAAAGCUGUGGCUAAGAACAAAAAUAAAAAUUGCAAAGUAAAGUCAACUCUUGAGAGGAAAUUGUCCAGCAAGAUGUUGACAUACGCUAGAGAGACGAUAUGCUUCUUUCUCGCUGUUAUUUUUACAGCAUUGGCUGCCAUGCAUAGCUCGCCACCAAGAGUUUCGAAGCCACCUAUAGCAAGACCAUUUUUCAAUGAGAGCUCUGUAGUUUUGGAUUACUACAAGGGACAUUUGAAUGCACUGAUUGAAAGAGUGACGGAUUCAGAUUUCAGUUUCGUUCUAUACUAUGCUCCAUGGGAUGCCGAAUCUCAAGCAAUUAAAAAAGAAUUUGAGAGUGUGGCUAGGUACUACCAUUCACAGGUGUUUUUUGCCGCAAUCAACUGCUGGCAUCCUGGCUCGGAAUGUAGAGCUAGAUACAGUAAAAUACAAAGCUAUCCAGUUUUAAUGUUCUAUCCUUCCAAAGAAUCUGGAGUACAAUAUCGAGGCAUUAGAACUGCACCAUACAUGAUACUCUUUAUUCAUAACUUUUUGAAUCCCAUCAAGAGAGUCAGCAGUGAUAAUGAGUUGAUGGAUUUACUGAGAUCUCAUGAUGCUGUCAUGAUUGGAUAUUUCCGAUUUUGGGGUUUGAGAAGUACUCCAGGCUACAAACAAUUUUACCAGGCGGCGCUUCAAACGCUCGAAAAAUACCCAAACGGUGAACUAGCAUAUGUGAUGAUAACGAAUUCUCAUACAGCCAGUGAUCACGGAGUUGAACAAUUUCCUGCUGCUAGCUUGCUCAUGUGGAAUGAAACUUUGUUCUAUCCCGAUGGUAAUGCUUGGACCGCAGACAAUUUGUCGGGUUGGGUCAAUAAAGUCGUUCACAGAGUUGUCACGUGGCUACAGCCACCAGGCAGUAAAUCUUUUACCUUUGCUCCAUACUUGUGGGGUGGUCCGAUGCUAUUUUUAUUUACUCCGCGAAACCCCUUGCAUUCCGAAAAUCAUUAUUACAAUUUGUUGAGAGAAGUAGCACUGGAAUAUUACGACUGUUCUGACAGUCCCCAAAUUCAAAAUUUGAUUCAAAGGCUUCGCAAGAGCCGUUUGGAGGCACCCCUGAUAGCUUACAAGAAAAGAGAAUGGUGCACGAAUCUUUUCGAAGAAGAGACAGCUAACAAAAGUCUGUUGACUGCAAAAAAUAAAAAUCGGUGGUCAAACAACACAGCGAACUGUUGCUCGGAUAUACCGACUAACAAGUGCGUCUCGUGUUCGAAACGUAGCAGCGAAGAUCUGGACAAAAUGUGCGCAGCUCCUGGAUCCGCUUGCCGAGGUAGCGAUGUUUUCAGUCUACCAACAUUUGCUUUUGGAGAAGAUCAGAAUUUCGGCUACAUUGAGAACAGAAAAACCGACAGUCACGAAGGCAGAUGCUUUGCCGAGAGGUGCAGGGAUGAUACAACGACCGAAAAAGAAAUCGAUCCGUACUCGUCGAUAGCAGUUCAGAGAACAGCCUUGAAGGAAGACUGCAGAAGAUUUCUGUCUGGUUACAGUUAUCAGCGACCAAUAUUUCCUCAAAACUCGGACUUUAACAGCGGUUCCGACGAGAUUCCGCUGACCGAUGCCAUUUGCAAAGUCAACAAAACUCUAGCCAUAGUUGCCAUUGACAGUCUUCAUUAUUUGCACUUUGCCGAAGGUCUCGGCAUCGACAUCAGCCGCAGCCCCGAUAAGACUGCUGCUGUGAUAAUGGACCCCGCUGACGAGAGUCAAUUCGUUAUGCAAGAAGAGUUUGGUAAGAACACGCUUGUGCAGUUUAUCAACAACUACACAAACGGCUACCUCAGCCGGACUCUGCGCUCUAAUAAUCCAAAACGCUUUGUACGUUCCUUCAUUAACAAGAGCGAAUGCAGGAAGAGCGUGGAAUCGAGGAUUUGCGUACAAGAGCUUUCGACCGAAAAUUUUUCAGAUACUGUUCUUAAUUCUGAUAAGGACGUAGUUGUCAUGUAUCAUUCACCGUACUGCGCUUUUUGCAGUGCCGUAGCUUAUGUGUACUUGACGGUAGCGCAGUAUUUGUCGAAAAUGGAUCACCUGGAGUUUGUCCGUAUUGACGGUGAUAAUAACGAUCUACCUUGGGAGUACACUAUGAAUCGAUAUCCGUCAAUUUUAUUUUUUCCCGCAAGAAGAAAAGAAGAUAGUACGCUGUUUCCGUGGACGUUGCCGGUCUCGGUAGGCAACCUUUUGAGCUUUGUUCUUGCAAAUCUGGAUGAAGAAUCACACGUAGAGGCCUUAGUGAACCUGUGCGCAAUAAGCGCCGGAGGUUCACCAGUUGACUGCUUAGAUCGCGCUCGUUGGCUCUGUCUCGACGUUCUCGAGGAAUAUUUAAAAAAAUUACGCCGAUUACGACGAUUCCACUGGUUAUCGAAGCCUGAAAAACGUUUCUUGAAUCGUCAUCGACGUGAAUUGAUGCUUAAACUGCAGCUAAUCAAAGAAGUGCAUAUUCUGCUUGGAUCGAGCAACAAUCUUGCCAAAGACAAGACUAAGGUACAAAUGCUUCGAAAUGUGUUCAAGAAGUUUUACAAAACGCUGGCAACUUUACGCCAAAAUAAGGGAAAGAACGAGUACUUCGAGUCCGAAGGUGAAUUGGUGAAACAGAACACCUUGUGAUAUUCUCGUAGGUUUUAUCGUUUUUUCAUUAAAAUUUUAAGUAAUUUGGUUUAUUUUACUGUUGAAUUUAUACGUUUGCAAAAUUUUAUCAUUGAGUUUUAAAUUUCGCUUGAAUUGCGACACAUAUUGCAACUAUACCAUUAAGAUUCGUUAUUAUUAAGCUAUUCUCGGUAUGCAAUUUAUCAUAGUACAUAUAUAUAUAUAUAUAUAUAUAUAUAUAUAUAUCUGUAAAUAUCAAAAUAACUUUAAUAAUACACCAUUAGCGUUUCAAUUGGAGAAAAAAUGCUAAUCCAGGAAUGAACGUUCACUUUGAGAAAAUUCUAAUUUUCCUAGCUUUGAUCGAUCGAGCCCGUUAAUACUCGAACCAAACACCAGAGGAAGCAUUUUUUUCCUGCAAUUAAAAAAACAUUCCAAUCUAUUUGAUCAAGAAUUUAUUGAGCAUCAUUCCAAAACGAAAGUAGUCCCAUGGGAUAUCGAAAAUCGGUCGGAGACACUCACCCCUCGAAAAAUUAAUUUUUUGCAAAGCCCGUCUAGCUCUACAGUCGGUCAUACUGUAUACUCGGAUGAGCCUCAGCGCGGGCGUAUACACACGCCAUUAUCUCCGUAUACACAUUAGUCAUCAGUUGGCGAUUAACGAUGCAACACCAUCACACGCUUUUUUAACAUAACAUACAUAUACGCGUAUCGCGUCGAAAAAUCUCUCGAUCUCUCUUAUCGAUUUUUUCGCUUCGACGAUGUAGCAUAUACGUACCUACAUCAUCGUGUUUCCUCAUUCGAGUCGCGAACGCGAUAUUUUGCCGCUAGCUCUCGCGCGACGUAUACAUACUUACGCGCUACACGAUGGGUCGUGCGUCUAAAACCGUUUGCACAGGAUGUACCGAGAGGGUUAUAUACACAGGAAGAAAAUAGGAAACGGACGAUUGAACGAAAAAUCGGUUGCGUGUCGCGUGCACAGAUCGUCAAACUAUUUUACACGUCCAACAACAAAAGAGAAAAACCGAAUUUUCUUCUUCGGUCGUUGCUGAGAGAAAAUCGCGCUUACAUAAACGAACGAAUCAGUUGAAUUUUGGUACAUUGCACCCAUAAAUGAGCCACGAUCGCGCGAGUAUAGGCUAUAUAAUAUACGUAAUUUCAAACAGAAAAACUUCCAAGCCAUUCAGAAGAGAGAUAUGACGACGAACACCGGAGAAAUCGAUCACCAUGUAUAAUAUAUUAUUAUGUAAAUCACAGAGGUCGCGCAAUUAUUUGUAUACAAUAAUAUCAUAUGAUAAUAACAAUAAUAUGAUAAGCAGAAGGGGGAGAAGUCAGAGCGCGGUCGCAACAGGAGUUAUAACGUAAUAAUAUCAGGCGAUACGUAUAUGUACUUUGUACGAUUGGCGAGAGUGUAUUUAUCAAUCUAUCUCUCGAGUGACGCGUGGGAGGGCCUGGGCUUAGUCAUGUGUUUCCCACGUAUACGCGCGCUCGCGUGUACAUGUUUGAUUGUAACGUAAUAUUGAUGCAUGCAUGGUAAACGUGUGUGCACGAACAUUAUGCGGAUGACGAGAGAGAGAGAGAGAAGUGAGCUGUUGUCGGGUGUGGUUUAACUAUUUCUGGACGCGAGGAGAGGAUGUCAUCGACGCCGCCGUUGUCGCUCUGCAUGCGCUGAUAAUGGGGGACGCGCCCGCGUUUGCUUGCCUUGAUUUUUUUUUUCAUUUUAUUUCCUCGCCCACCGCGCACGGGCCAAAUCGACUGUAUAUUAUACCCUGUGUAACGUUUUCCCUAUCAUCGAUGGGAUUGGUAUGCACAGAAAAAAAAAAAGGCAACGAUCGAUGAAAAAUGGUAUAUACACGAAUAUUGAGGGGCCAAAUUUUUUUUUUUUAUUUGUUCUUUGUUUCUGAUAAAAUAAGUUUUAGCGAUGUACAAAAUAUAAUUGUAGACGAGCACACUGUUUCGAUCUCUACUGUUUGUUGACUUGAUUCAAUGGUAGGGCGUAGAUUAUGUAUAAAAUUCGAGGAAGCAGGGGAGAACAGCAAUUGUCAUUUGUAUCCUCGAUUUCCUAAUGUUAUUUGAAAACAUCCCUUGAUACGUAUUGAGUUUGUGCAAAUAAUUUGUAAAACUCACGAAAGAAAUGUAUAAAGACAGGGAGGAAAAAAAAAAAUUAUUGUACAUCUGUACUAUUUUUAUUAAAAAAUAAAAAAUAAAACGAUGA